AUGAAACAUCUCCAUCCAUCUAUCUAUCCUAUCUAUCUAUCUAUCAUCCUAUCUAUCAUCUAUCUCCAUCCAUCCAUCCAUCCAUCUAUCUAUCAUCCAUCCAUCUAUCUAUCCCAUCUAUCCAUCCAUCUAUCCCAUCCAUCUAUCCAUCCAUCCAUCCAUCUAUCCCAUCCAUCCAUCCAUCCAUCAUCCAUCCAUCAUCUAUCCCCAUCCAUCCAUCCAUCAUCUAUCCAUCCAUCCCCAUCUCCAUCCAUCCCCAUCCAUCCAUCCAUCCAUCCCCAUCCAUCCAUCCAUCCCCAUCCAUCAUCCAUCCAUCCAUCCCCAUCCAUCCAUCCAUCCAUCCAUCCAUCCAUCCAUCCAUCCCCAUCCAUCCAUCCAUCCCCAUCCAUCCAUCCAUCCCCAUCCCCAUCCAUCCAUCCAUCCCCAUCCAUCCCUAUCCAUCCAUCCAUCCAUCCAUCCCCAUCCAUCCAUCCAUCCAUCCCCAUCCAUCCAUCCAUCCAUCCAUCCCCAUCCAUCCAUCCAUCCCCAUCCAUCCCCAUCCAUCCAUCCAUCCCAUCCAUCCAUCCAUCCCCAUCCAUCCAUCCCCCAUCCAUCCCCCAUCUAUCCAUCCAUCUCCAUCUAUCCAUCUCCAUCUAUCUCCAUCCAUCCAUCCAUCCCCAUCUCCAUCCAUCCAUCCAUCCCAUCCAUCCAUCUAUCUAUCUAUCCCCAUCUAUCUAUAUCCAUCCAUCUAUAUCUCCAUCUAUCCCAUCUAUAUAUAUCCAUAUAUAUAUCCAUCCCAUCUCUAUAUAUAUCUAUAUAUAUCUCAUCUCUAUAUAUCUAUAUAUAUCUAUCUAUAUCUAUCUAUCUAUAUCUAUAUAUAUAUCUCUAUCUAUAUCUAUCUAUCUCUAUAUCUCUCAUAUCUCUAUCUAUCUAUCUAUCUAUCUAUCUCUCUAUCUAUAUGUAUCUAUAUCUAUCUCUCUAUCUGCAUUUCUGAGUCAUUCACUUUCUUCUCUUAUGGAAGCUAAUCAUUCAACUACACUCUUUUUCUGCACUGAUGACAUCCCAACUGAGCACUUCUCUUCAGGUGGUUUAAUUUUGGGGAUAGGGGUAGAGGAGAGAGAUAAAUGA